AUGCUUCCUCAGCGAAUGAAGAAAGUCGUUACUGAUAACCCUAAAAAGCUCGCAAACUUGAUCAAUCUCGUUAACCUUCCUCCCACUCUCAGAGACUUCGUCGGAUUGGAGAAUUUAAACUUCGGCGACUUCAAGUUCGCUUCCGUUCCCAAUCAACCACUCCCUUCCACCUCCGGUUGGGGCAACUUCGUCAACCAUUCCAAUCAUAUCAAUGGCACCACCGUUUCAAAACCCUCUGAUCCAUUUACAGUUUCCCCGGAUCCCCUCGGGAAAACCGCAAACAAAGCUCGCGGAGCUAUUCCGCUUUCAAUCUUCGGCGAGGAAGAAGAUGAUGAACCUGUUUCUGAUUCCAGUUCCAAUGAUUUUUUCUCCAACGGUGGUGGUCCUGUUGUGAAAAAGGGAUCUGAUUCGAAUGGUUCCGUUGGAAUUAGUGAUUUGAUUUCCAAUUUGUAUCAUCAGCAAAAUGGAUCAGCUUUGAAAUCCAAUGUCGGCUCUAUCAGUCCGAAGAAAUCGAGUGUAAACGAUUUGAAUCAGGAUGAGGACGACGACGAGGAUGAUGGAUGGGAAUUCAAGUCUGCGGAAUGGGAAACUGUAAAUGAAAACUUCAAUGUUAAGGUUGAAACGCCCAAGCAUGGUAACAGUGCAGUUGGAGCUGGUGCUUUGUUAGACUCAUCUGACAAAGUUGGUGAACGGAACCUGGGGUUUGAGUUCAGUCCUAUUUCCGCAUCUCACAGCCUACAGCUAAGUCCGAAAGGUGAAUCAAAUGAAAAUGGAGCUGGGUUUACCAUGUUCAAUCAAACUUUUGGGAAGUUGGCAAAUGCACAUUCAUGGCUAGGAUCAAAUCAAACUUUGGUUGGUUGUUUCAACAUUGUUUCCUCAUUUUAUGUAACAUUGUUUAGAUUGUCAAGGAAUAUGCAUUAA